AUGGCAACACGUCGUGAUAAGCGAAAUGGUAUGGUGUACCAUGCACGUGAUCGUUUGCUGAAGCGGCGCUUGCAGGAAUGGGAGGAGGAAUGUGCACGUGCUAGCCUUCCGCAAUCCACAACAAUGAGUAAGUGUAAUAUGGAAGCGGCGGUAAUGUCCAUCGGCGGAGGAAGUCUGUGGUACAGAGGUGUGGCUACAUGUUUGCAGCAAUAUUAUCGCAAUGUAAAACCUCCUGUCAAGGGUUUUGAGAUCGAUUUUUUUGUAGAUGGUAUGCCGCUCUACAAAAGCAGUCGGUCUCAGUUUUGGCCGAUUUUGAUGAAGGUUUUUAACGUGCCCGAUUCUCCCGUUAUGGUGGUGGCCAUAUUCUGUGGCGAAUCCAAACCACACUCCCUGGAGGAGUAUUUAAGGCGGUUUGUGGAGGAGAUGAACGAUCUUCAGACAAAUCAUUUGGCAAUUGGGCAGCAAUUAUAUUGGGUCUGUUUGCGAGCCAUCAUUGCCAAUGCACCAGCAAAAUCGUUUAUAAAAGGUGUGAAAGGCCAUACUUCAUACAGCGCUUGUCACAAAUGCACGGUGGAAGGGCAAAUGUGUGGGCACCGGAUGUAUUUCCCAUACAGUACAGAUACCCAAGAAAGGACUGAUGAAUUGUUCUGUGCUGGAAAGUACCCGGACCAUAUCAUCCGCCCUACUCCACUAUCCGACAUGAUAAACUGUGAUAUGAUUAUGGAUUUUGUGUUGGAUUGCAUGCACCUGAUUGAUAAAGGAGUGCUGGCAAAAAAAUGGACAUAUGGAUUAACGGCCAUCCAGAGGUGAAGUUUAAGCUGU